CACCACCACAAAGUCAAAAAGGAAAAAACCCGGACGCGAGACGUUCCGGGCGCGCACAUACGUCCCAUUUUAUCUUCCUUCCCGUCCCACGCGUGCGCCGCGCGGCGCGACGCGCAGGAGGUGGCCGGCCGAUCGACGGGACGGGACAAACCGGAGCCCGCCUGGCUAUACGGCGUACGGUACGACGGCGGGUUGACCGACCAUGCCGUGCGGCUCGGGCCCCGGCGCGGCUGACCUCUGGGCGAUGGCCGCCGAGCUGGAGCGCCAGUUCGCGGGGUACAAGCAGCGCCUGGCGGAGCGGACGACCACCGGGGCCACCGCCACCGCACGCGAGCGCCACGACGCCGGGGACGGCGCGGAGGAGGCGGGUGAUGAUGACGAGGCGGGAGGCGGCGGCGGCGACGUGCGGGGCAGGAAGUACGAGGCGUACGCGCGGCGGAGGGACGAGCGGCUGCGCGACGGGUGGCGCGCGCGCAUGGAGCGCAAGGAGGCCGAGGUCAAGGCGCUCUGGGCGCAGCUCGAGCUCGCCGCCGGCCGCGCCGGACCCGGUGACCCGACGACGACCGCGACGGAGGACGGAGACGACGGGACACGGGAAGCAUGCCACUGUGCAAUCGUGCAGAGGAAGACUGAACGGAACGACGCCGACGACGACAGGAGGAGAAGCUCAUCGGGCGCGGCUCUUGCCCCGAGGAGGGUCACCGGCAAGAGGCACGUGCGGACCAGGAGCUUCUCGUCGUCAACCAUGAGCAGGAACCGCACCGACGUCGGGAGGCGGCGGGCGCUGUCGCACGAACCGCCGCCGUCGGAGCCGGACGCAUCCUGCGGGGAAGCCGACAGGAAAAGCCGAGCGUGGCCGGCCGGCCGCGCGGCGGCAGCGACUGCAGACACGAUGAGACCCAGACCCAAGACGUCUCUGCGGCGCAGGAGCACCUCCGUGGAAGGGCACGGGCCCGCGAAGACGGCGGCGGGGCGGAAGCUCCCGCGGCCUCUGCCCCGACGAGAUGACAGCUCCGGCGGACCCGAGGAUCUCGGCAGGGAUGUGGCGCUGGCGGUGGCUCAGCCAAGCGCCGAGACGGUUGCGCCACCUGUGCCGAGUCGUUCGGCCGAGUAUGCUGCCACUGGCGGCGGGACCCCCGGGGCUUCUCCGACGAAGAUGUCGCUCGCUGGCAGGGACGACGACGGCAGCGGCGGCAACGGUGCGGCGAACACACGAGCUACCUCGCCGGAGCCAGAUCGCGGAGCGGUGGACGAAGCCGUGUCACACGGCGAACCUGACGCGACGCACGACGCUGGUGCCAACGAACACGGCGGAGAAGAGAAGGUCGACGCCGACGGGGAGGUCACUAGUGAGUCGGAACCCGAGCCGAGCUACGUCUACGUCAACAACAAGGACGCCGCCGAGGAGCGAGCCGUGGCGGCGCUCUCUGAGCCUUGGACACUGGCCGGUUCGGCCGCUGCGGUUGGUCCGGACGUCAAGUCAAGCGGAGAGACGCCGGCGGCACUAGCACCACCAGCCGAAGCUACUACCGCGGCCGCAGCAGAGGUCGCGACGACGAACGCCGAAGAAGCGCCGGCGAGGGAGAGCUCCGACGAGUCCUAUCUGUCGGCCAGGUCGUCGGUGCCGAGCGCGCGGGCGUCGUGCAGCUCGCGGGACCAGUCCGCCGAGCGGCUGCUAGAGGCGGACGCCGCCCUCGCGCGGAAGAAGCGCGCCGAGAAGAGCGCGCCGGCGCCGAGUACGCCGCCGGGCAGCAGGUCCUCCGGCGCGGCGAGGUCCCCGAGACAGGCGACGGUGAGGGGGUUCAAGAGGUUCCUGAGCUUCGGGAGGAAGCACAGGGGGAGGGAGGUCACUGUCAUCGACUGCACGUCGCCGCCCGUGCCCUCGCCGGUCCACGACGCCAGCGGCCGGUGGCAGCCCGCUGAUGGGUCAGUCAAGCGCAGGAUGGGCUCCUCUGAUGCUGCCUCUGAUGAUACAAAACAUGGCUAUCCGGUGUCUCCACAAGCAGCGGCGUGCUCUUUGCAAAGCCUUGUAGCUGCCUCUCCUGCAAAGUAUGAACUUGCUAAGAUAGUCCCACAAGAGAAAUCACCAAAAGUUCAUCGAUCGUUCUUCUCGUUCCGGUCACUCAACUGCGGCAGGGGCUGACCCUGCUGAUACCAUCAUACCAUACAAUGCAUUGGGAAUGUAGUUGCUGUAAAUUUUAGAGAGAAGAAACUUUGUGCUUGAUGUGUUAUGCCGCCUUGUAUAGUUGUGUCUGACGAUGUCUGUAUGAUUGGUGUAGUCGUCUGUCAUCUGGCCUGGCAUAUACAUCAGUAGCACUGUAGCUGUAGGUUUACUGUGCCUGUGUACUACAGAUCCAUAUCAUGCGUGAAGUGUUUUCCUUCUUCAUUCAGUUAAUUCUAGUGCUCCCAUCGUAGCUCAUUCAAUUCA